UCACCAGAGCCCCUUCCCCCCUACCAGAGCACCGAGCCCCGCCGAACACCGGAGGAGGAGAGGCACGCCGAGGAUGUAAGAUGGCAGAACUACAAAUGCUAUUAGAGGAAGAGAUUCCGGCCGGUAAAAGAGCUCUUGUGGAAAGCUACCAGAAUCUGUCGAGGGUAGCGGAAUACUGCGAGAACAACUAUGUCCAGGCCCAGGACAAACGCAAGGCCCUGGAGGAGACCAAGGCUUACACCACCCAGUCCCUGGCCAGCGUGGCCUACCAGAUCAACGCCCUGGCCAACAAUGUGCUGCAGCUGCUGGACAUCCAGGCCUCGCAGCUCCGCCGCAUGGAGUCCUCCAUCAACCACAUCUCCCAGACGGUGGACAUUCAUAAAGAGAAGGUUGCCAGGCGAGAGAUCGGCAUCCUAACCACCAAUAAGAACACAGCGCGCACCCACAAGAUCAUCGCCCCUGGCAACAUGGAACGUCCGGUGCGCUACAUCCGGAAGCCAAUUGACUACACGCUGCUGGACGACGUGGGACACGGCGUCAAACAACAGGGGAACAACGCAGCCGGACGAGGGGGGACGCUGUCCAGGACCAACCCCCCCACACAGAAGCCCCCCAGCCCCCCCAUGGCGGGCCGCGGCACCCUGGGGCGCAACACCCCCUACAAGACCCUGGAGCCAGUAAAGCCCCCUGUGGUGCCUAACGACUACAUGACCAGUCCAGCGCGCCUGGGCAGCCAGAACAGCCCCGCACGCACAGCCUCGCUCAACCAAAGGCCCCGCACCCACAGUGGCAGCAGUGGGGGGAGUGGCAGCAGGGAGAACAGCGGCAGCAGCAGCGUUGGCAUUCCUCUGGCGGUUCCCACUCCCUCGCCCCCCAGCAUGGGCCAAGUGGCCCCUGUUUCCACGGCAGUGCCCCAGGGGCCCGGCUUGGGCCCCAUCCCCAUGUCCCAGUUCGGCACCAUCUCGCGCCAGGUGUCUCGCCACAACUCGUCCUCCACCACCUCCUCCGCCUCCAUGGUGUCAGCCACGGGCACCUACCGCCGCGCCCCCUCCCUCAACUCCCAGUUCUCCAUCUCCCAGCAGCCCCACCUCAACGGAGGCCCCGUCUACCCCCCCAACCCAGUUGCUGUGGCUCCUCCCCCUCCUCCCAUGGUGCAGUUGACUCCCCAGAUCCCCCUGACUGGUUUUGUGGCCCGCAUGCAGGAGAGCAUAACAGACAGCCCGGCCCCGCCGCCCCCCCCGCCCCCGGUGGACAUGGCCCUGUUCGAGGAGCCCUCGCCCCCCCCACCCCCCCCGCCCGUGGACUACGAGGAGGAGGAGGCGGAGGCGGCCGUGGUGCACUACAACGACCCCUACGCCGACGGAGACCCUCAGUGGGCCCCCAAGGUCUACCUGGAGAAAGUGGUGGCCAUCUACGACUACUCCAAGGACAAGGAGGACGAGCUGUCCUUCAUGGAGGGCGCCAUCAUCUACAUCAUCAAGAAGAACGACGACGGCUGGUAUGAGGGCGUGUCCGGCGGCGUCACCGGCCUCUUCCCCGGCAACUACGUGGAGUCCAUCAUGCACUACGCCGACUAGACCCCGACCAGCACCCCUCUAUAUAGUGAAGGAAGCCGAUCGGAUCUGUACAGGAUGAUGAGACCGUAGCAGUUUAUAAAGCCUCCCCAACGGAGAGUCAAGUGCCAUGUGAGGUCAGGUUAUGAUUACAACCCCACCCGAAACAUCCCACCUCAACACCCCAAAAAAAAACAGAGAGGGAACCAGUGAGACUGGUGGUUUUCUAGUGUGUGACUCAACACUCUUCAUUCCCUGAAUAAGCGAUGUGGAUGACAAGUAUUUUAUAUAUUUACAGUAAUUAACCGGCAAUUUAACUGUAUUGACAUAAUUACUGUUGGGACAUGUACCUGAAGAAGUGUGUCCUUUGUUUUAUUUUGAAGUUCUGUAACGUCCUCCAUGGUCAUUCUAGAGCGUCACGUCUGCUCACCCCUCUAGGGAAAAAAACGACAUCUAUUUUGGUUUUUACAAAACAGAAUGAAAUGACAAGACAAACACGAAACUUAAAGAAAAACAAAAAAAGAAAUAAAAGAACUAAAGUCAUGCAAGUGACAUUCGGAAGACAAAAAAGAAACAAAGAAGAAGAAAAGCACUGAGUGGCAGAUUUAUUUCACACUCCAGGGAAACACAAUAACAUGAAAAAACCUGUUGAGGGCGUCUUCUACUAUCUGGUGAAGUCUGUCUCUGUUAAGAUACUUUGCGUGUGUGCGUACUUUGUACAGUGAGAUGCUGUCAUGGCGUUUGUCAGUAGUGUGUGUGUGUGUGUGUGUGUGUGUCUUCUACCUGUAGUUCACCAUCGACCUGAACGCAUCGAGCGGUCGGCGGCUUCUCAUUUCUGUUACGAUUAGUGAUGGAUAAUUUAUCUGAAUGCGCUUCGGUCAGUGAAGAUUCCAGUGCCAUUUUAACAUGAGAACACAUGCUAAACGUUUUGAUUUCAUCUUUGUACUAUGAAGGACAUUCAAUGCUGUCUGUUUAAUUUUGUCGAGUUAGGUGCCAGUGUGACGCUCCGGUUAGCAUGUCCCCCCCUGUCUCCCCCUCCAUGUCCCAGAGACUCACAGGCCUGAUGUUAGGACUAACAGGCCUGAUGUUAGGCCCUAUCCCCCCCAUCAGAGGGACGUUCAGGCCUGCCUGAUGUUAACACGUACAGGACAGAUGUUAGGACUAACACCCUGAUGUUAGGACUAACACCCAGAUGUUAGGACCAACACCCAGAUGUUAGGACCGACACCCAGAUGUUAGGACCAACACCCUGAUGUUAGGACCAACACCCUGAUGUGAGGACCAACUCACUGAUGUGAGGACUAACACCCUAAUGUUAGGACUAACAGGCCUGAUUUGAGGAAUAACAGGCCUGAUGUGAGGACUAACAGGCCUGAUGUGAGGACUAACACCCUGAUGUUAGGACUAACAGGCCUGAUGUGAGGACUAACACCCUGAUGUGAGGACUAACACCCUGAUGUGAGGACUAACACCCUGAUGUUAGCACUAACACCCUGAUGUUAGGGCUAACAGGCCUGAUGUUGGGCUGUCCACUCCUUUGAUGACUUGGGUUUUCAGUUAGAUGGGAUCUAUUCAAGCUGUUCUCCAGUGGGCCCAAACACUUCAUUUUCUAUUCUGAGAAGCAGUUCCUGCUAAGGUGCUUUGAGGAGAACCUGGUGCUCAACAUGACCACCGACCACAAGAACCUCAACCCAAGGCUGUUGAACUGGUCUCUCCUUACUCAUGAAGUCUGUUUCAACUGUCGUAUUGUUUGGUAUUGAGGGGUGACCCAUCAACAGUGUUGAAUGUAACCUUAUUAUCAUUUGUAUUAAACCAUCUUAACCGUAGUCAGGCCAUCUGUGUGUUAUAUGCACCUAUUGUACUACAGUUAGAUACAUUGUCGGUUUUCAUUGUCUUUUUAUUAUUUUUUACUGAAAUCAAUACAUUGUUCAACAUGCAAAUGAAAGCAAGCAUAUCCUGAUUUUAACAUUAUCAUAUAUGAGUUGCAUGUUUUGGGAUGGAAUCGAUUUAAACCAUAGAAAUUGUAUAGCUUAUGGAACCGAUGAGUGAAUUUCACAAAGUGAUGCGGAUGUUUUGAACCUUGAAGCGACUUCUGCAUUACAUGGCCGUGACACGCUGACACUCACCCUUCGUCUUUGGCGUUUUUAACAAAAUAAACAACAAUAUUUGGAUGAAUGUGUACUCGGCAUUAAGGGUUCACUCAUCUGUCGAUGGGAGGAGUUCAAAUCUAGUAGCUGUAUCGUACAUUCAAAGAGAAUCCCUCAAACGAAACAAUGGAAGCCAGUGUAUUUCACUGGCUUGUUGACCAGUGUCAUCAGCUUUUUGUGUGUGAUGAACGUAUUGAAAGACUCACAGCUGGUGAUCCUUGUCCUCUACAUCAUCAACACGCUCUAUUCAACCGUUUCUUACAUUUCCUUCCAGGGCUAUUUGGCAUUUUUGUGGAACAAACAAAAUCAAAUACUUUUUCUGUGACACAUUUCUAGCAAUGAAUUGGUUUCUCCUCCUUUCUUUAUAAUUUGAGUCCUACACUGCUGGGGAAGGUCUGCUUGCCGCUGUAUGUCAAUGGUUUAUUUAUUCUUUGGUUUCCUAGAGGUGAUGUUGAUCCCUGGCUGAACGGUGUAAUGUUUACCACUAACCUGUGAGCUGACGUCACAGGCUCGCCUGCUCUUGCGUGUGUUUCUUUUCUUAUGACGAAAACGUGGAGUAAAGAGAAAAAACUAAAACCAAUAAACUGAUCUGUGACUUUGUUCUUAUUGGGAACAGAAUGCGUAGAUUUCUUGCCUUUCCUCCACUCAUGUACAUACAGUAUGUUCAUGGAAAUUUAUGUACAGUCCUUUUGUAAUAAACAGCCCUUAAAAACGGUGAAGACAGGCGGUCUUGUGUGGUGUGUCCUGUGUGCUUGUAACUUGCAGAAGUCCAGUUUUUGAAUGUAAGCAGAAUUAGAUGUAGAACAGAUGAAUGAGGUUAACCAUGGGAGGAAGUUUGAAUGACACCAGCUCUGAACAGCAGGCCCUACCAUAACUAAAGCGUAGUACACAAUACGUGACCUGGACCCAGGAAGGGUAGAAGAAACAAGAUGGACCCCAGAUAGGAGCCCAGCUGGAGGGACUUCAGGGUC